AUCUGUGAGGGCUUUCUGAUGAAGAGGAGGAAGUACCCAAUGAAGGGCUGGCACAAGAGGUACUUCCUGUUGGAAAAAGGAAUCCUCAAGUACUCAAAGACACAGCAGGAUAUCCAAAGAGGAAAGCUCCAUGGCUCCCUGGAUGUUAGCCUCGCUGUCAUGUCCAUCAACAAGAAGUCCAAGCGCAUCGAUCUGGACAGUGGAGACUAUUUAUACCACCUCAAGACCAAGAGCAAUGACUUGUUCUACAUAUGGCUGACCAAGCUGUGUGCCCAUCGUGUCUUCAAGAAGAACGAGGCCCUGGGCGUCCACCACGGAGUCCUCCAUGCCCUCACCAUGGGUAACAGCACGUUGUUGCCAGCCAUGGCCAGUCUAGCCCAGAGAAACCAAGCUGCAAUGCCAGGCAUGAUGGAGGUUUCGCCCACAGCAGCCCCAGGGGUCAACGGCAAGGUGGCAGCAUGGCUCCAGCAGACCCACCAGUCCGAUACCUGCUCCCAAGAGCUAGCUCGUUCUCAGGCGGACUUAACUGAGUUGGCCCAGCUCAUUCAGAGGCUCAAUUGGCUGGAGAGUGGCCAGAAACCCAUCUCCAACAGUGACCUAGAGCGACGAAUCAACUUGCAGAAUCUGACACUUAAUAUCCCCAAGGCCAAGAAGGAGAGGAAGACUACGAACAAGAUAUUUGGUCAUUCUCGCACCCAUUCUGGAGUCGAAACCUGUGGCAUGGUAAGUUCUCAUGUCCUAUACAGUGGGUGUAUUGUGGGAGCCUCCUCGGUGCCGUCCAUCCCAGACUAUGUGUACUCACAGCUCUCCAAUCCUCUCAUAACCUCCCCCGAAGCCAAGAAGAUCCAGCAGGAGAUUUGUGCUGUGUCCCAUAAGGUUCAUGCGUCUCUCAAAUCCAUCCACGAGGUGCUCGCGCUGGAGCGUGAGCGGGUCCGACAGGCUUGGACCGGUCCCGACCUGCGCUCAUCCACCUCCAAUCAACUGGCCACCCUGUGUAGCACACUGUCUGAGCUGGAGGUGCAGUCUUGCCAAACCAAAGUUCAUUCCCUGUCCCUUUCCUCUGGAUCCACGGGGGGCUCCAAGGAGUCCUACAGCACUGUGCGUCAGGACCAGACGCCCUCUAAGGGUUGCUCUGUGCAGCGCACCCCCUCGCUGGCCGACUCCAUGGCCGAGUACUAUGACGCCAGAGAUGUCAUCGUCUGUGAGAACUCAGAAAACGGCGAAGAGGAGUCUGAUGAAUCCGGGCUAAGUGACAUCACCACCACCAGUAACUCUGAGCCAGACGAGGUCCAUGCCUCUGCCACCCUGAACUACCGCACCAGCGUGUCCAGAGCCCCGGACAUGGUCAGCACCGUGCCCACCAACACAGGCCGCCGCACCGUCCUGCCCGCCAACUGUGUCGACAACAGCCACAUUGGCAUCAUGACCAUCCUGUACAACAACAUUGGCAAGGACCUGUCACGUGUGUCCAUGCCCUGUGGCCUCAACGAACCUCUGAGCCUGCUGCAGAGAGUGAGCGAAGAGCUGGAGUACUCUGAGCUUCUGGACAUCGCCAACCGCACAGAGGACCCCUUCGAAAGGAUGCUAUACAUUGGAGUUUUCUCUAUCUCUGGCUAUGCCUGGGCCACCUGGCGGAACCGCUACAAGCCCUUCAACCCCGUCCUGGGAGAGACUUACGAGAGCCACCGCAAGGAGCGCGGCUUCCGCUACGUCGCUGAGCAGGUCAGCCACCACCCGCCCUGCUCCGCCGUGCACGCAGAGUCUGAGAACUUCACCUUCUGGCAAGACCAGCAAUGGAAGAACAAGUUCUGGGGGAAGUCUUUGGAGAUCAUCUCCUCUGGUCCAGUGAAUGUCAAGUUGCCAAAAUAUGGGGAUCACUACGAGUGGAACAAAGCGGUGACCUGCGUCCACAACGUCCUGAGUCAGCAGAGGUGGCUGGAGCACUACGGAGAGGUGACCAUCAGGAACACCAAGAGUGACCUCUGCACCUGCAAGAUCUCCUUCGUCAAGUCCCGCUACUGGACCUCAGAGACGAGUAAGAACGAGGUGCAGGGCCAGGUUCUGAACCAAGCGGGAGAGGUGGUCCACCAGUUUGGUGGGCUGUGGCACGAGGGCAUCUUCUGUGACACCCUGCCUAACCCAAAGUGCAUCUGGAAGCCCAACCCUCAGCCUGAUGACCACUUCCAGUACUACGGCUUCGGUCGCUACGCCAGGGAGCUCAAUGAGCUGACCCCUGAACUGAAGAAGGUCCUGCCUCCCUCAGACACCCGCUAUAGGCCAGACCAGAGGAUCCUGGAGGAGGGAGAUGUAGCUGGGGCUGACAGUAAGAAGGAGGAAGUAGAGCAGAAACAGAGGGACCGACGAAAAGAGCUGGCCAAGAAGGGAGAGGCGCACGUGCCUCGUUUCUUCAGGAAAGAGCUGGAUGCGGCAGGGAAUGAGAGCUGGCUGAGCAACGGCACCUACUGGAAGAUCCGUGAUCAGCCAGGCUUCGCCAACACCAAGAACUUGGAUCUGUGGUGUUGA